AUGUCCAUUUCUAGGUCUUUUACCACGAAGCGCCCUACAAGAACUUCAGAUGUCUCGCCGCCGAUGCCAUCGAGAAGCUUGACAACUAAGCACCAUCACUUCUCUUCCGGCACUAUUAGACACAAAAUCUCCGCUCCGAUCGAGCUGAUUUCCACCACAAAUAUGCUUUCUUACAAUGCACCCGAUAUAUAUCCAAAAGCCGCAUCCGCGUCUUCGACGUCCUCGCGAGCGUCGAACUCGGGAGAUGAUUCGGAUCGGUCACCGACGACCGCAUCGUCACCCACAACGUCGCCAGAAAGCUCCGAUGUUGGAUCGACGCCAUCAUCGCCUCAACCGAAUCAUCUUUCAUGUUACUUUGGGGCGCCAUCUCACCAAAGUAAUCCAAGCGAUCCAGUGCCGGCCAUCCCACAGAGAGCUCUUUCACACACCAAGAAGAACGCGGAAAUAUUAGCGCGCAAGCGAUCUACGUCUCGGAUUUCAUCUACAAAGAAUAGCAUAUCAACUGUUCGGUCAUCAGUCAACAUAUUCGCUCCGGAAGCUGAAGCUGAGGUUGCAGAGGAGCACCCGUUUGGGCACGAGCUUGCUCAGGUCACCGAGCUCGCGGAAGAAUACGGCAUAUCCCAGGCGAAGAUGGAUGUUGUCGACGAGGAAGAGCAAGAGUUAAUAUCGAAAGGUCUUUUCAAAUUCCGAGCCGAGGAUUACAUGUCCGAAAUUCAAGGACUUUUUAUGAGUGCCUUCGGUGAUGUGAAGCCAAGCAGGCCAGCCAUGUGGAUAUAA